UGAUUCACAUGCUCGUGUAAGAACAUGGACGCCUUUUAUGUUUUGUUAGGUAUCUCUUUGGUAUUUGAUAUCAUCAGCCCUGGAUUCUCAACUUGUCCUUUGGGUUGCUCCUGCACGGAUGAUAACUUGGGGAGAUCUUUACUAUGUAUGGAAACCUCCAUGGAUAAAAUUCCAAUGGACAUUUCUGACAUCUUCACUAAAAUCCGAAUUGAAAACUGCCACCUGACUGAGUUACCUCAAGGCUCCUUCUCCCAAGUCACCAACUUGGAGUUUCUUUGGCUAAAUUUCAAUGAGAUCACUGUGAUGAACAUCAAAAGCUUGGAAGGGCUCAGCAACCUGACAGAGCUGAGGCUACAAGGGAACAAACUGACCUCCAUACCUUGGACGGCGUUUCAGGACGCACCUAAACUCAAAAUUUUGGACCUGAAGCACAAUCUACUGGAUGUGCUACCCGAACAUGCUCUGAGAUACUUGCCUUUUUUGACCUAUUUAGAUCUAUCCUUCAAUCAGCUUAGCAUUAUAUCAAAAGAAGUAUUUAUUAAUUGGCCUCUUUAUCAGAAAGCACAGAAAGCUUGGGAGAAAGAAGGAGUAGUGUCCAAUGUUGUUUUGGCUCUGCACGACAACCCCUGGUUGUGUGACUGCCGCCUUAAAGGCUUUGUUGAGUUCAUCAGAGAGGUCGGCGCUCCCAUCAUUCUGAUGAACUCUUACCUGAUGUGCUCAGCACCUACCUCCAAAGCCAACAAGUUUUUCCAUGAGACCCAAUUAAAAACAUGCAUGAAGCCAGAAGCUUCUGCCCAGGAGACAAACAUCAGUCUACCUCUUGGAUCGAAUGCAACAUUGACCUGUAUAGUCAAGGCCAGGCCAAGCCCAACUAUUCAAUGGAUAUACAAUCUGAAGAUUAUAAGAGCAUUUGCUGCUAAAGAGAUUCAGACAGAUGAGGAGACGGUCACUUCCCAGCUCUUGAUCCCUUCUGUACGCUUAGCAGACCGAGGACUCUACACCUGUACGGCCAACAACUUCAUAGGACACUGCUCUGUCAACAUGACACUCAACAUCAACUCCUCCAACUCCUCUGUUCCUCUUCCUCCACCUGUCCCAAUGCUGUCAUCGGAUGACAGCCCCCACAUCGAUAUCCGCAUCGCCAAGCAGACAGUUUACGGCAUCACGUUAGAGUGGCAUGCAGCGACAGAAAACCCAGCGGAAACUUGGUUCACCAUACACUUUGGUAAAUACGAUUCCCCCAAGAAGGAGAUGAUCUACAUCGGCCCUGGAAUCAACAGCUACUCAGUCAGCGAUUUACUUCCCGUCACCAAAUAUGAGGUGUGUGUAACGCUGAAGAACCAUCCACCCAGGGUAGGCCAGUGUAUUGUGUUUGUGACAGGAAAUGAUAUCAGCGAGCUGGAACAAAGAGAGAAGCUCAUCCACAUUAUAGUUAUUGUGUGUGCCAUGGUGCUGGCCGUGCCCGCGGGCAUGUAUGCCUGCACCACAGAGGCCAGGUUCAGCUGUUUGGAUCACUGCGUGAAUAUGUGGAAGAAACGUAGAAUGCCUGGAGAGAACCUGCAAGGAACGGAGAGACAGGGCACUUUCGACAGCCUGCAGGGAACCAGUGAUGAAGCCCUGUGUAGGGACUCCGAUGAAAAGCCAGUAAAGAGGCGGAAGUCUGAGGAUAGGAGUAAAGGAGGAAGUGCAGCUCAGCUGUACUAGCAGCAGGGUAAAAACUGUACAUUUAUGUAAAUGUGAAAAUAAUGGCAGUUCUUAGUAUUGGCUCUGGUUUGUGCCUUUUUCCCUCCCAGCUACUUUACAAGUCUUUAUGAAUGUUUAUGAAUGAAGUAGUUGUCCCAUUUCCCUUGAUAACAAGAUCAUUUUUUCCAUUAUAUCAAGAUAAAUCCUCUAUUUCUCGUGGUAACGAGCUAAUUUUCUUCCGUUUUCCAGUGAUAACGAUAUCAUUCUCAACCAAAAAAAGAGGAAAUAAUAUGUAUGUAUGUAUGUAUGUAUGUAUGUAUGUAUGUAUGACCCUUUACGGCUUCCGUAGUUUUGCCAUCCAGCUGGAAACAACUUUAGAACAGUCAUUCUUCUUCUUUUUUUUUUUUUUGGAUUGGUGAAAAUUGCUUGAAAAAUGGAUGUACUUCCUUGACUGAAAAGUUGCAGUAUGUAUAAGAGUACCAACUGGGGUUAUUUUCAAAGUAACUGUAUAUUUCAAGUGAUCAAUUCAAAAUGAAGAUGCCUUUCUUCCUUAAAGGAACAAUCCAUUUACUUUUUCUUUAAUAUUUUAAAACUGCACUUCGGAACUUAAAAUUUAAUGUAAAGGUAUUAGUUUCUAUCUAUCUAUCUAUCUAUCUAUCUAUCUAUCUAUCUAUCUAUCUAUCUAUCUAUCUAUCUAUCUAUCUAUCUAUCUAUCUAUCUAUCUAUCUAUCUAUCUAUCUAUCUAUC